AUGGAAUUCCCUUCAAACACAAAAAUGUUUUUUCAAAAUUUAAAACAAUGUCCUAUUUGUUUGAGACAAUUCACACCAGAAAGAAUAAUAUACCAUGAAAAUAUUUGUAAAACUUCAGCAGAAAUUCAAAGAAGUUUAUUUGAUUCAACAUUGCAAAGAAUAAGCGGGACUGAAGUUGAAAAUAUGACAAAAAGAGAAAUUUUCAAAUCGAGACUUAAUGACACCGCAAAAUCAAUGAUUAUUUUUCAAAACGACGUUAAUCAGAUUGCAUUUGUAAAACAAUCUAAAACAAAGGGACCCACACAACUUUCAACAAAUUGGAGGGCGAAAGAUGUUGAAUUUUUAAAAAGAGUUAGAAAUGAUAAAAAACCAAUUGAAUCGAAAACAAAUAACUCACCAAUGAUUCCUAAAUUGGAGUGUGAAGAUUUCCUUCAGUGUCCACUCUGUUUGAGAACAUUUAAUACUCCUUCCUUUGACAGACAUAUUAAAGUUUGUGUAGAAGUACAAAAUAGAAAAAAAUCAAAACCAUCCGUCGGUUAUUCAAAAUCAGAUAAAAUUUCCCAGGAGGAAGUAUAA